AAGCAGGCUGCUGCUGCUGCUGCUGCACGACUGGCAUUGCAGCCAAUCCCCAAAAGCCAAGGCCUCAACGCUGGAAAUAGCACUCUCCAACCCAGCGCCACACACACGCGAGUCUGGCAGAGACAGGUCCAUCUUGCAAAGACAAUCUCGACAUGCAAUGCCAACGCCUUUGUUCCUGGCAAAAGUCUUCUCGGUGACUCUUGUCAGUUUAUGGUGUCAGUUGUUCUUGCUGUAGAUACAGGUACCCACGACGCCAACGAAGGAAUCCAGGAACAGAUCGGACCUGAAGAUGCCGCUACUCGCUAG